GAGUAGGCGGAGCAGGGCAGUGCGGGGUGGCGUAGCGCUGGAGGGCGAUGGUGGCAGAGCUGCUGGGGGCGGAGGCAACGUAGCCCCCGCGGAAAAGGAGCCCCGCGGCGCCUGAGCAAAGCGGAGGAUGGAGAACCGGCCUGGGUCCUUCCAGUACGUCCCUGUGCAGCUGCAAGGGGGGGCGCCCUGGGGCUUCACCCUUAAGGGGGGUCUGGAACACUGUGAACCGCUCACGGUGUCGAAGAUUGAAGAUGGGGGCAAGGCAGCCUUGUCUCAGAAGAUGAGGACUGGUGAUGAGCUGGUGAAUAUCAAUGGAACUCCAUUGUAUGGCUCCCGCCAAGAGGCCCUCAUCCUCAUCAAAGGCUCCUUCCGGAUCCUCAAGCUGAUUGUCAGGAGGAGAAACGCCCCUGUCAGUAGGCCACACUCAUGGCAUGUGGCCAAGCUGCUGGAGGGAUGCCCUGAAGCGGCUACCACCAUGCAUGUUCCUUCUGAAGCCUUCAGCUUGUCCUGGCAUUCCGGCUGUAACACAAGUGACGUGUGUGUGCAGUGGUGUCCACUCUCCAGACACUGCAGCACUGAGAAAAGCAGCUCCAUUGGCAGCAUGGAGAGCCUGGAGCAACCAGGCCAAGCUACCUAUGAAGGUCACCUCUUGCCCAUUGACCAGAACAUGUACCCCAACCAGCGUGACUCAGCCUACAGCUCCUUCUCAGCCAGCUCAAAUGCCUCUGACUGUGCCCUUUCCCUCAGGCCAGAGGAGCCAGCCUCUACAGACUGUAUUAUGCAAGGCCCAGGGUUAACUAAGGCCCCUAAUGGCAGGCCUAAUGUGGCUGAGAUCUCAGGAGGUAGCCGGCGUACCAAUGGGGGCCAGCUGACUCCCAGUACCCAGAUGUCAUCCCGCCCACAGGACGUCCACCACUCGGGGCCUGCCAAGGCUGCCAAGGGCCCACCACAACCUCCAGUGAGGCGAGACAGUCUUCAGGCCUCCAGAGCCCAGUUUUUCAAUGGAGAGAAGCGCAGGUCUUCUGAGCCCAUGGACUCUUUGCAACAGAAGGAGAAACCAAACCUAAACACUGAGCUAUGCCCAAGGAACCCAAACAGGUUCUGCUGCUUCAGUGGGCAAGACCAAGUGAAAAAUGAGGGCCAUCAGAACUGUGAGCUCAGUCAACCUCCUGAAUCCAACCAGCAAGGUUCUGAGCACCUACUGAUGGAGGCCUCAGCCAAUGCUGUUGGAUUCCAAAAAUCAUAUGACAAAGUUUCCAGCAUAGAUUCCAGCCCACUCAGCAAGGCUUCAACAGAGCUAGCUAAGACUUCUUUUGGCAGCCCUCCACACCUCACAGGAUCCACAGGCCAUCGUCAUAGUGCCCCUGAACAGCUGCUGGCAUCCCACUUGCAGCAUGUGCACCUUGAUACUAGGGGUAGCAAGGGGAUGGAGCUCCCAACUGGACAGGAUGGGCACGAGUGGACUCUGUCCCCUUUGCACAGUAGUCACACAGGCAAGAAAAGUCCAUGUUCCCCUGCAGGAGGAACCCAGGACCAGCCCAGCAAAGAGAGAAAGACCAGGCCAGGGGAUGAUAGGCCUAUGGGUUCAGGGCACCAGAGCCCAAGCAGCUCCGCCCACGAGGAAGCUGAUGGACAUCCUCCAGAAAGAGGUUUCCAAGACCCAAACAGAGUAAGCAGAGCAGGCAAUGAAUUGGCCAACCAGCAGCCCUCUGCCUCUGGCUCUCUUAUUCAACAAACCAGGGACUGUUCUUCAACCACUAAAGUAGCUGGCACCACAGAGGCAACUGAAGAAGGAGACAAUGAGCCCAAGGAGUGUGGCCGGGUGGGUGGUAGGCGAAAUGGAGGGACCCGGGGCCGCUCAAUCCAAAAUCGGCGGAAGAGUGAGCGUUUUGCUACCAACCUGCGUAAUGAAAUUCAGAGGAGGAAGGCCCAGCUCCAUAAAAGCAAGAGUCCCUUAUCACAGCUGUGUGACACUAAGGAGCAAGUGGAAGAGACUGAGAAGCCCCUAGAAAGUCCUCUACUUCCUGCUUCUAACUCACCUCUUCUACCUUCAUAUAAAAAACCACCUAGCCCCAGGGACAAGCUCUUUAACAAGAGCAUGAUGCUUAGGGCUAGGUCUUCAGAAUGCCUCAGCCAAGCCCUGGAGAGCCAUGAAUCUAGGGCAGGCUUGGAGGGACGAAUGAGCCCUGGCCGGAGGCCUGGCCAAUCCUCUUUGGGCCUGAACACCUGGUGGAAAGCAUCUGACCCAUCUUCAGACUCUGAGAAAACAAAUGUUCACCAUGGAGUCCGUGGAGGUCAUUGGCGAUGGUCUCCAGAGCACAGUCUGCAGCCACAUGUCGCACCAGCCAUGGAAAACUCUUCCAACCCAGGAGAUAACAAGGCUUCUACUGCCCAAGCUGAGGAGGAAGCCAUCCUCUUGCCCUUUGCAGACAGAAGAAAAUUUUUUGAAGAGAGUAGCAAAUCCCUAUCUACAUCUCAUUUGCCAGGUUUAACCACUCAUAGUAAUAAGACAUUUACCCAGAGACCAAAACCUAUAGAACAAAAUUUCCAGCCAAUGAGCUCCAGCUAUAGGGAAUUGAGGCACCAUCCCAUGGACCAAUCAUAUCAUUCCACGGACCAACCAUAUCAUGCCACAGACCAGUCGUAUCAUUCCAUGUCACCCCAUCAGUCAGAAACUCCUACUUAUUCAGAAUGUUUUACAAGCAAAGGUCUAGAACAAUCCAUGUGUUGUAAGCCACUGCACUGUGGUGAUUUUGAUUACCACAGGACCUGCUCUUACUCCUGCAGUGUCCAGGGAGCUGUAGUGCAUGACCCUUGCAUCUAUUGUUCUGGGGAAAUCUGCCCUGCUUUGCGAAAGAGAAAUAUGAUGCCAAACUGCUACAACUGCCGGUGCCACCACCACCAAUGCAUUCGGUGUUCAGCUUGCUACCAUAAUCCCCAGCACAGUACCCUCGAGGACAGCAGCUUGGUACCUGGCAAUGCUUGGAAACCCAGGAAGCUGACAGUGCAGGAAUUUCCUGGGGACAAAUGGAAACCAAUAACAGGAAACAGGAAGACCAGCCAGUCAGGGAGGGAAAUGACUCAUUCCAAGGCUGGCUUUUCAUGGGCAACCCCCUUCCAUCCUUGUCUUGAGAACCCAGCACUGGACUUGUCAAGCUACCGAGCAAUCUCUUCUCUUGACCUCCUAGGAGAUUUCAAGCACUCCUCGAAAAAAAAAGAGGAAACUUCAGUUUAUGAGGAGGGGAGCUCCAUAUCCUCUGUGCCCCAACCGCUGCGCAGCCGUGCCUUCUCAGAGAGCCAUAUCAGCUUGGAGCCCCAGAGCUCCCGGGCCUGGGGGCAGCAUAGGAGGGAGCUCUUUACCAAAGUUGAUGAAACCCAGCUAGAUCCUCUGGGAACCAGGAAGAAGGCCUUUCCUCCUCCUCGCCCUCCUCCUCCCAACUGGGAGAAGUACAGGCUUUUUCGUGCAGCCCAGCAGCAGCAACAGCAGCAGAAGCAGCAACAGCAGCAGCAAGAGGAGGAGGAAGAGGAGGAGGAGGAGGAAGAUGAAGAGGAGGAGGGGGUAGAAGAGGAGGAGGAGGGAGGAGAAGAGGAGGAGCUGCCACCCCAGUAUUUCAGUUCAGAAACCACUGGUUCCUGUGCUCUCAAUACUGAGAAAGUCCUGGAGCAGCCACAAUCCCUGGGCUUUGGUCACCUGGAGGUCUCAAGGCAGGGCACACAAAGCCUCGCAGCAGAGCAAGAGUCUUUUAGUCUCCAUUCAAGUGAUUUCCUGCCUCCAAUAAGGGGCCACUUGGGAUCUCAGCCUGAGAAGACUCAGCCCCCUUGCUAUUAUGGCAUUGGUGGCCUUUGGAGGACAUCGGAGCAGGACACCACUGAUCCCUCCAAACCAGAAUCCUUGAUGGCAGAAGACUCCAAACCCAAGCCAGCAUGGAGCCAAAGCUACUUCUUUCCUGAAGAGCAGUUUUCCUUCAUGGGCUGGCGCUCCGAGAAGCAGCACCUCAGCCCCGUGGGCUUCAGUGAACCCAAGACAACAGGACAAGAAUUUCAGCACUUCUCGCCUCCUCAGGGGGCCCCAGGGAUCUCUACCUCUUACUCAGCUUAUUACAAUAUUUCUGUGGCCAAGGCAGAGCUGUUGAACAAGUUGAAAGAUCAACCCGAGAUGGCAGAGAUUGGCCUAGGAGAGGAGGAAGUUGACCAUGAACUGGCUCAGAAAAAGAUACAGCUUAUUGAAAGCAUUGGCAGAAAACUUUCUGUCCUGCGGGAGGCCCAGCGAGGAUUGCUGGAGGACAUCAGUGCCAAUUCUGCCCUUGGAGAAGAGGUGGAAGCCAACCUAAAGGCAGUCUGCAAGUCCAAUGAGUUUGAAAAAUACCGUUUGUUUAUUGGAGACCUGGACAAAGUGGUCAACCUGUUGCUGUCACUCUCUGGACGACUGGCCCGGGUAGAAAAUGCUCUCAACAGCAUUGAUUCAGAGGCUGACCAGGAGAAGUUGGUGCUGAUAGAGAAGAAGCAGCAGCUGACAGGGCAGUUGGCAGAUGCCAAGGAGCUGAAGGAGCAUGUGGACCGGAGGGAGAAGUUGGUGUUUGGCAUGGUCUCCCGCUACCUGCCUCAGGACCAGCUCCAAGAUUACCAGCACUUUGUGAAGAUGAAAUCUGCUCUCAUCAUUGAACAGAGAGAGCUAGAAGAGAAGAUCAAGCUUGGGGAAGAGCAGCUCAAAUGUCUCAGGGAGAGCCUACUCCUGGGGCCUAGCAAUUUCUAAUUCCACCAGCAGACUGCCCACAUCAUCCCUGUCCAGCCACAAUGGGAAGUGCUUUCAAUCUUCAUUAGCAGUUUGUGGGCAUAUAGAUAGCAGUUAGUUAGCAGUUUGUUCCAUAUCCUCUACCCUGGAUGUCUCUUACUGCCCCUUACCAAGCAGGGAAGCAGGGCACCCAACCAGCUAGGAGACUCUGGAGAGGCCCCAAGCUUCUACUCUAGGGAGUAGAAGCAAGAAGUAGAAGCUGUAACAGAGUGUGAUUAUAUAACCACACUCUCUUUCCCACAGUUUGUACAGCAAGCACUUACCAUACACAGAACCAACAAAGUACUUUCAUUCUUCUUUGUACUAGGACAUCAGAGACAUCAUGCACUCAACACCCACCCACACCAUAAUCAGCCUUUCAAGGCUCAGAGAGAAGCUGCCGAUGAAGCUCCACUCUGCCCCAAGGCUCAUGGCCCAGUCACUUCUCAGAGAUCUGGCUAUCUUGAGGGCAUUUAUCUACUGGAAUUUCAGGGCCUCACUUAAGCUUUGCAGUGGGAAGCAGAGAAGGAGAAUUAUACUUAACAGAAUGUGAGUAAAGGUUUGGGAUCCCCACAGGCCCUGCUGGGAGGAGCUAGGCUUAAUGAAGUGGGCUCCAUCCCACCUUCCCCAGCAUCUACAUAAGGGGAAAGAUGCCCACUCUUAUCCCUAGCUAGUGUGGCCCUCCACCUGUCCUAAGACUUUGGGCCUACCACUUCCUGUUUCAUGUUGCCUUUUUAUUGCUUGGGUUACAGAUGCCUACCCUAAGGGCUUCACACUAUGGGUCAUAAACAGUUUUGCUAAAGCUGACUUCAACAUACUUGUUUUGUUACUGGGGGGAAGGGAUUCUUAUUGUUAUAUUUUAAAUGGCCUUUUGAUUUUAUUUAUUUUUAUGUUUUAUUGAUUUUUUUCUUCUUUUUUACCUAACAAGGUAAAAUGAGGGGAAUUAGAAAGGGAAAAGUUAGCCUAGAAGGAAAAGAUUUUCUGUAGAUCAGCUUGAAUUCGCCAUGGCUGGGUAAGUGGGUGUCAAGGCCUUGAAUUAUUCCCACCGUAGCUGACAAGUGUCUAAAAGAAGUUCUCACCUUGAACUCAGAGCUUCCCCACUGUGGCCUGGCCCUAUACUUCUACUGAAGUAUGGAUAACCGUAAGCUUAAUAUUUCCCAACAGGGUUCAAUUUUUCUUACAUUUUUUUCUUGAAACCAAAGAAAUCUGAAAGUUACCAAGGUCCACCUAUUUCUUUACAGUCUCCAAGCUAAGGAAAGGGGAGAGGUGAGCUCAGGAGGAGUUCCUCUAUCUAAUUGCUUUCUCAGCCUGUGGCCUGGCUCAGGGAACCAAAAUUCAUGGUAGCCGAAAGCUCCAGUCAGGGCCAGUCUCCUGAGCAAAUUAUGAUCCAGACAGGAUGUGAGGCAGACAAACAACUAAUGCUGCUGCUGUUGCCUAGGCCCUGACACUGGUAGCCAGUUUCUGUCCUGGAAAAGCCUUCAGGUGGGUGAUGGCAGGAAGGGGGUUAUGGCCAAACUCUGCCCUAUUAUAAAGCUCAGUUUCCUAUUCCUUGCAAACUGGCCCAUGCCUGGUAUUGCACAGCCCUGCCCAGCAAGCCCUGGUAUCUGUUCUAGUUAUUGCUGAGUUCCUCCCUGUCCUUGGAGGUUAACUGUAGCAGCAGGGGUGCCUCAAUGGACCAAAAGAAUUUGCCAAGGAAGUUUGCUGCUGCUACAAAUACUGGUUACUAACUUCCAUUUCCUCCUCAUUGUAUUUGGAAACAAUGGAAGAAUCUUGGCCAGCAGGUUGUCCUGAGGGGUGGGCCUGGGUAUGCUCUUAGUACACUGCUGCUGUCAGAACUACUGUUAAAAUAUCAACCUGCCAUUCUCCCCCAAGUGGAGAAUUCUACUUUAUCCAGGAAAGCUGAUGGCUUGUAAAGGGCUAAGCUUACCCAAGCUAAUGUUGAGGAAAGUGGAGGACUGCUUUUAAUAUAGGCUGUGGCUGCCAUCUUUAAAAAACAAACAAACAAAAAACAGGCUCUAAAACAAACAAAGGGCAAGAUUGAGAUGUCCUUUAUUGAGGGAAUGAGGCCAAUGUAGUCCAUCAGUAUAAGACUGUGUGUGUGUGUGUGUGUGUGUGUGUGUGUGUGUGUGUGUGUGUGUGAUAUUGUGUGGCUAGAACAGCUUUUUGGAAAUACAGGCCCAGGGUGGUCACUCACCUGGACACCGUGGCCAUAGUCUUAGUUUUUCUAGUCAGUGGUAGAUUGGUUGUACCUUAAGUUUAUCACACUAAAAGUACUAUUGACUCUGUAAUUUUUGUCCUUCAUCCUACUUCAAAUUGUUACAGAGUUGGAAUCAGAACAAAAGGAUGCUCAUUUGUACACUGAGGGACAGUUUCCAAAGAUCUUAAUAAAAUAACCAAAAAAUUAUAUUGAGCAGUGAAGCUUGGCAGACAAAGUGAACUACUAAACAGGCACUGAUGUCCAGCACUGCUGACACAGCAGUCCCAUUGUGAGUGAUAGUGCUGCAAAGCUGUCACUAUUACUUGAGAUCCAGAGUCUCUUCUUCGUUCUCAUGUCCUGUGCUCUGCCCUCCACAAAUGCCUUCCAGGGGUAGCAGUCUGGAAGGCAGGCCAAGGGAUUUCCACAAAGACAGUUACUGGUCUUGACUUCUGCCCUCUCCCUUCAAAUACUCUUACAGGCCCCAAUGAGUAACAGGUAAAUACAGUGGUCGAUAUAGAGAGAGGAAUUAGUGCAAGAGCCACUAUAACAUGUCCCUUCUAAUUCCUUAUUCCCAGGGACCUGGGUAAUUGAGUCUCCUUAAAUCCUACUGUCUGCAGACUCAACCAGGGUAGAGCAGUAAAUGCUCAAGAGAAAGAGACAAAGAUACUAAAAAUAAAGUCCUUGCAAGGGAGAUACUGGAAGCAGAGGAACAGAGGUGAAAAGGUGAAAAGCCUCUUUCAAGACCAGUUUCAGGUUCUGUUUUCCACUUAACCUCAUGUGCCCAAAAGUUGUCCAGGGGCACUAGAGCCACAACCUUAACCCCAGCCUCCCUAAAGGUGCUGCUCUGCCAGUAGCAGGUUUCAGAUGAAGGAAGCUGGGCACAUUUCUGUCCACUUCCUCCUGUCUGGAGCUUGGUGACUCCCAAUGUGUUUGCCAAAGGAGUUAUCUAUGCCAAUAAUAUUUCUGUAACAGCAUAUUAUAUUCUUUGAAGAUUAGUAGAUCUUUAGAGGGGGGUGGGACAGGGGGCAAUUUCUAUAGCUAAAGAACCAGUAUUUGUUGUACAACUGUUGGGGGCCAUCUAUCCCAUGUGAAGCUAUUAUUUUUCUGAGUCUUAUUGUUUCUGCAUUUGUGUCCUCCACCACUCCCUUCUUGGCUGACAUUGAUAUGCCUGUCAGAUUGUCAUCAAGGGUCAUACUUCAAUAAAAGGUGCUAAGGACAAAAAAAAAAA